UGAAAAGGAAGCUACUGGGAAAGGCAAGAUAGGGAUCCUAAAGCCCUGAUGGAAAGAGGGACCUCAGUGAGAAGUGGGGCUUCCCAAGCUCUUCUGAUCCUGCCCAUCAACUGCCCUCACCUCAGCAGAACCACCAGGGGAGAAGGACGGUGCCCACUGCGCUACCUGCCCUCGCGGAGACCUCUGAGUACAGGUGGAAGGAAUGCACUUAGAGACGUGGUUUGAAGUCGGCUGCGUGUCUGUCCAGAAGGAGGGCCACAGCACAUGGGAGCAGAACCACUAGCUCUUCUCCCGGACGGAGAUGAUGAUCCUCGUGCUGUAGAGGCAUGGCAGGAACUGGCCAAGAGCGGUCAUAGCAAGAUGUCGCCUUCUUAAGGCUGUGAUCCCUGUAGAGGUCACUAAAGUACCCAGCCGUCUCCAGGGCAGAUGUUGGACGUCAGCACUUGAAGGUUCCCACCGAAGGUGGCACCAGAAGAGCCAGGUGCAACCCUGGCCGUCGCGGCGGGCUGAUCCCGGAGCAAGCUAGCGCCAGGCUCGGAGGGGCCUGGCGAACUCCGAGGGCAGCGACCCUUCCACGCCCUGCGGGGUCACGCGCACACAGGUCUCACCGCCAACCCUCUCCCCCAGCGCUCCCGAGCCGCCACUCCUGGGGCCUCGGGGCUCAGUGGGCGGGACAGACUACAGCCACGCCCCUUGUACAGCCUUGAAAACCAGCGGCGGACUAGCUUCAGUUCGUAGCGGAGCUGCAGUCUGAGCAGGAAACUGCAUCUUCAGACUUCUGCUCAGCCACGAGAGGAGCUAGGGUCACCGGACGCCUAGGACCCUUUCACAGUCAUCCGACUGGCCGCGCCAACUCCCCACCAGUUUCCUCAGCCUUACCUGUGAUCUCAGGACUUCCCCGACUUCCAGUGGAUGCUCAAACUGACCCAGGACUGCAGUCAGUGGGACACUCAGCCCCUUACUCAGCUCUCCUCCCGUAUCAGCGUCUCUCCCAAGGGGAAGAGCAUGGUGAUUGUUCCUUGAAGAACCCUGACUCUAGACGUCUGAGAAGAUGCUGGCCAUGAAGCUGUUCACUUGCUUCUUGCAAGUCCUGGCUGGAUUGACUGUACAUUCCCAGGGGACCCCGCCUGCUGGGAACAACUCAAGAGAAGUGGAAGUGGUGCCCUUCAGUGAAGUGUGGGGCCGCAGCUACUGUCGACCAAUAGAGAAGCUGGUGGAUAUCAUCGAUGAAUACCCUGAUGAGGUAGCAUACAUAUUCAGCCCAUCCUGCGUCCUCCUGUCUCGCUGUUCUGGCUGCUGCGGGGACGAGAGUCUGCACUGUGUGCCGCUAAAGACAGCCAAUAUCACCAUGCAGAUCUUGAAGAUCCCCACUGCUGGCGAUGCUUCCUACGCGGAGAUGACAUUCUCUCAGGAUGUGCUCUGUGAAUGCAGGCCUAUUCUGGAGAAGACGAAGUCAGAAAGGAAGAAGAUCAAGGGAAAGAGGAAGAGAGAGAAGCAGAAACCCACAGACUGAGGAACCCCACCUGUUUGGUGGUGCUGUUCCCCGGAGCUGACCAGCCCCUCAGAGGAGAGACCCCACACCCUGCUCAUAUAUUUAUUACCGUCCCCCUCCCAAAUCCCUCCCUGCUGGUACCUACCCCCCUCUAUUUAUUAGCCAACUCGACCCUGCUGAAUGACUUGCUCCCGCCAAGAUAAGGAGCAUGGAAGGACAGGACCCUCAGGAAUUCAGUGCCUUAAACAGAACGUGAGAGAAGGAAAGAAGCCAGCCACGGUUCCGUGGGAGCUUCGGCUUGGGAAGACGCAAGACAUGGACGUGGCCUCGCAAGGGGCAAGCCAGGCCCCUGAGGCUCUGGUUCUCCAGGGAAAUGGAGAAGGAAAGAGAAGGCCCAGUACCUACCCUGGUCCCCAGCUCCACCCGGACAGCAGCUCUGGCCAUGGCUGCAUUGAAGACAUGCAGUAGAGGGGACCCAGCCAUGUCCUCCUCCUGCUGCAAUCAACUGUUUACCCUGGAGACCAGGACAAGACAUUCGGCUCUGGAGAACAGAGCCUGCCUGUGGGCUUUGCCUUUCAGCCUAGAAGUUCACUUCUAGGCUUUGCAAAGCACCCCCCUGCCCCCUCUCUGGGACAUAGGCAGAGUGGCCUGGGACUGGACAGAGGGCAGGCUGCAUGGGGGAUAAUCAUCGCUGCAAGGACUUUCAUCGCUGCAAGUCAGGGGCGUGUGUCCUAGUGUUAUGGCUAUGGAACGCAAGCAGGUUCCUGGAGGGCCCUUGCAGCUCACCGGGUAUCUCUGCCGGAACUGUCUAACUGCCAAGCCAGAUUCUCUUGAAUAAAGCA